AUGAAGUACGUCGUCGUCUCGGGAGGGGUCGUCUCCGGCCUGGGCAAGGGCAUCACUGCCUCGUCGCUCGGGGUGCUCCUGCGCCAGUCGGGCUACCGCGUCACCUCCGUCAAGAUCGACCCCUAUCUUAACGUCGACGCCGGCACCAUGUCGCCCUUUGAGCACGGCGAGGCGCGCAGCUCCGCUCUAGCAGGUUCCAGGGGUGUUGCAGCCUUUGAUACUGACAUCCACACACGAUGGCCGGACCUGUGUUGCAAGGACAAAACAACGUCUCUCUGCAAGGACAUUCUGGAGCGGCCGCACACUGCUCGCUACCCCCCCUGCACUUCUAAGCCCGUCGUGCCGCACGUGACGGACGCAAUCAUGGAGUGGCUCGAGCGGGUCGCGCACCUCCCGACUGACGGAGGCCAGGGGCCGCCCGACGUGUGCGUCAUCGAGCUCGGGGGCACGGUCGGCGACAUCGAGUCGUCUCCCUUCGUCGAGGCGCUGCGCCAGUUCCAGUUCCGCAUCGGGCGUGAGAACAUGUGCUUCUUCCACGUCUCGCUCGUCCCCGUGAUUGGCGUCGUGGGCGAGGAGAAGACGAAGCCGACGCAGCACUCUGUCCAGUCCCUCCGUGCCGCCGGCCUCACCCCCGACUUCCUCGUCUGCCGCUCCGGCCAGCCGCUCGCCGCCGCCACGAAGCGCAAGCUCGCCCUCUUCUGCCACGUGCCUCCCGAGCACUGCAUCGGCUGCCACGACGUGUCAAACAUCUACCGCGUGCCGCUCCUGUUCGAGCACCAGGGCCUGACAGGCGAGCGGGCCACAGAAGGGGGGGGUGUAAAGGCCCUCGCCGCCGAGUGGACGUCCCUCGCGGAGCUCGUCGACUCGCUCACGCUCGACGUGCACAUCGCCGUCGUCGGCAAGUACACCGAGCUGUCCGACGCCUACCUCUCCGUCACAAAGGCGCUGAUGCACGCGUCCUUCGCCGUGGAGCGCAAGCUCCGGAUCAUGUGGAUCGACUCGGCGCACCUCGACGAGACAACGCUCGCGUCGGACCGGCUAGCCUACGACGAGGCGUGGUCCAAGCUGCGGCGCGCAGACGGCGUGCUGGUGCCGGGAGGCUUCGGGAUCCGCGCCGUGGAGGGAAAGAUGCUCGCUGCAAACUACGCGCGCGAGAACGGCGUGCCUUACCUCGGCAUCUGCCUCGGCUUCCAGAUCGCCGUCAUCGAGUUUGCGCGGUCGGUGCUCGGCGUCAAGACUGCCCACUCGGCGGAGUUCGACGAGAAGUGCGCCACGCCGCUCAUCAUCUUCAUGCCCGAAGGCAGCCGCACUCAGAUGGGUGGGACGAUGCGGCUCGGCGCGAGGAAGACAAUGCUCCGCUCGCCAAAGUGCCUCACCGCGCAGCUAUUAGGCGCCACCGCCUUCGACGAGCGCCACCGCCACCGGUACGAGGUCAACCCGGCCUACGUGCAGCAGCUCGAGGCGGCCGGCCCAGCAUUUUGUCCGGGACUAGGCGAGCGGAUGGAGGUCUUCGAGCUACAGGGCCACCCCUUCUUCGUCGGCUGCCAGUUCCACCCCGAGUUCAAGUCGCGGCCGAUGAAGCCGUCGCCGCUCUUCCUCGGCCUCCUCCGCGCCGCCUCCAAAGCCGCCACGGCCAAGCAGCCCUAG